AACAGAGUUUGUUUACUCUAGGAAUUUGUAUUGAAGUGAUUGGUUUUGUUUUAUUUUCUAUCUGGUUUACUUGCAAUAUGGAUAUAAUGUGGGAGUCACUGCCAGGAUUGUUGUGUAAAUAUUGGUGCAAUCUUGGACAACAACAGUCAGACAGACUUCUUUAAAAAAUGUGAAUUUAACUACACUAUUCAAUGACGGAUGAAAUGAUAUGAACUAAAAUUUGUGAACCCAUUAAGCCACCUUAAUGCCAGCGUCACCUAGUGCUGAUAUGGCAAGCGGGAAACCCAGUAGAGUACACCGCAACCUCUACUGUAACACGGCGCUGCCGAAACGGUCUGGAUCUGUCAGUAGUAACCCCGGCAUCUUGUCCCCAGUUUUGAGCCGCAUCGACGAAAGUGGGAUGGAUCCACAGAGUGUUCUCUUUCAUCGUACACAGAGCACUUCUGCACUCAGGGUUCCACGACAAAGAAGUUCUUUUCUCUAUAGACAUGCAGAAGAUCUUAUUGUGACACCAUUUGCUCAAGUUCUUGCCAGUCUUCGAAGUGUUCGUAACAACUACAUCAACCUCACCAAUGUGACAGCAAAGGAAAGGAGUCAUGGGAGUGGUUUGCGGCCUCAACAAAAUCACACAAGCUCCUUGGGAGGCAUUGCCAAGCAACAUGAGAACCCGGGCCAUACCAUGUCACCUUCUCCCAGGUCUCAAUUGGAUGAGGGAUACCAGAAGAUGGCCGUGGAGACCCUGGAGGAAUUAGACUGGUGCCUUGACCAGUUAGAAACCAUCCAGACCCACCGCUCUGUCAGCGACAUGGCUUCCAGCAAGUUUAAAAGAAUGUUGAAUCGAGAGCUGAGUCACUUUGCAGAGUCAAGCAAGUCGGGUAACCAGAUUGCGGAGUACAUCUGCAGCACGUACUUGGACAAACAACAAGAGCUUGAUAUUCCAUCCUUCAAGAUAGAAGAGAAUGAGCCAAACAUUAAAGAAAAGGAGAAACAGAAGGACACAGGGAAACGACGUCCUAUGACCCAGAUAACCGGGGUUCGUAAACUCAAACACACUAAUAGCUUCACUGGGCAAGUUCCAAAGUACGGCGUCGAAACACCUCAUAAAGAAGAGCUUGGAAAGCUGCUGAAUGAUAUAGACAAAUGGGGCGUGGAUAUGUUCAAAAUUGCAGAAUACUCCAACAAAAGACCUCUUACAUGUGUUACCUAUAAAAUAUUCCAGGAUAGAAACUUAUGCAACAUUUUCAAUAUCCCCUCUACCACACUGAUCACGUAUCUCAUGCAUCUCGAGGAUCACUAUCACGCCGACGUUCCAUAUCACAACUGCAUCCACGCAGCAGACGUCACGCAGUCUACACAUGUUCUCCUCUCUGCUCAAGCUCUUGAGAAUGUCUUCACCGACUUAGAGAUUUUGGCUGCCAUUUUUGCUAGUGCCAUUCAUGACGUAGAUCACCCAGGCGUCACAAACCAGUUCCUUAUCAAUACAAGUUCAGAGUUGGCGCUGAUGUACAACGACGAGUCUGUACUGGAGAACCACCAUCUGGCUGUGGCAUUCAAGCUGCUCCAGGAGGAGAACUGUGACAUCUUCGUGAACCUGAGCAAGAAGCAACGGCAGACGCUGCGCAAGAUGUGCAUUGACAUGGUACUGGCGACCGACAUGUCCAAGCACAUGACACUUCUUGCUGACCUGAAGACAAUGGUUGAGACUAAGAAGGUCGCAGGGUCGGGCGUGUUGCUGCUAGACAACUAUCAAGAUCGAAUUCAGGUCCUCCAAAACAUGGUGCACUGUGCAGACCUGAGCAACCCCACAAAGCCGCUGGGAAUCUACCAGAAGUGGCUUGAACGCCUCAUGAUGGAGUUUUUCAGACAGGGGGACAUGGAGCGUGAAAAAGGACUGGACUUGAGUCCAAUGUGUGACAAACUAACAGCCACAGUGGAAAAAUCACAGGUGGGUUUUAUUGACUACAUCCUCCACCCAUUGUGGGAGACCUGGGCGGACCUGGUAUACCCAGAUGCACAGGAAAUACUCGAUCAGGUCGAGGAAAACCGUGACUUCUACCAAAGUAUGAUCCCCAUAAGCCCGUCAACAAGCUUCUCCAACACGAAACCAGCAGAGGAUCGAACCCCAGAAAGCAAAUUUCAGUUUGACAUUGAAGAGGAGAAAUCGAAUUCAGGGGAUCUGAAAGAUUCAGAACAUUUUGUGAAACAUUCAGAGAACGCCACUAACUCAUUGACUGGACAAAAUAGCGGAAACCACUAGCGCUCUGUCUUGCGUAUAUUUCCCUAACAUUCUAGUAGUUUUGGCUUCUGGAUAUUGCAGUGGUGCAAAUUGUGAUAUUAGGUGAACCGUACAUAUUCCAGUGACAGGCUGAGUAGUGGAGGGUUUAGGCGAUGUUCGCAUCUCCAGGAAAUGGGACUCUGUAGCAGAAUCCGCGCCAUGUUCGGCGCAGGGAAACUAGCUGUGAUCUACAAACUCUGGCCUAUAGUGGCUCAAUUCCAAGAAGCCCGACAGUGGUAGAAGUAAUUCCGUUGGACUAGAAAGGAAUCACUGAAGACAUUCUUCUCAGGGAGAUUGGUUCCUUACUAUAUUGUUAUCACAUUAUGUUGUGAUUGGUUUCAGACUAUAUGUGACUGAUUUCACACUAUUUUGUGAUUGAUUUUAUUUGCAUGGCAACUGUGGCGCAGUUUCACUGUGAAGUGCUUUCCAAACAUAGGUUGUCAGUUGAAAUGAACUGGGACUUCCAUCUGUUGUUGACAGACUUUGCAAGAUUGUAUACUGAAAUAGGGUCAAUUUGUUCAAUUCAUUAUCUUGUAUGUCAUGCAAAAGGCAAUGCAUUGAGGAAAAUCUGAACACCACUACUUUAGCAUAGUACUUUUAAUGUAAAAAAUCAUCAGAUUAUUGUUGUUUGUUUGUUACUUGUGAAUAAUGUUCACUAUUAUACCAUUUUGCUGAAUUAAGCCAACCUUUACCUUUUGUACAGAAUAAACAAGAAGAAGUGGUUAGUAAACACUUUAAUGCCAGUUUACCUAAAAAACUUUGCCCCUAUAAUUAGCGGUCAUUUAAUUGCAACUUGAGCCCUUUGCAGGCUAGUACUAUUUUGUAUUUAAAUAAACUCUAAUGCAGAAAUAAAUUAAUUAAAAUAUAUGAUUACUGAAAAACACAAUAUUCUAGUUGAUUUUAGCUUUCUAGUUGUUAGUGACUUUUUGCCUCUUGGCAAGCUGUUUUCUUGUUUUGUGCAUUGUUGUUUUAAUCAACAUUUUAUCAUCAUAUAUACAUAGUUGUCAUUUUUAAAUUAUUAGUUAAUUAUAUAUUUUUAAUUGUACAGCAUAUGUUGUUUAUAACAUCAAGUACGAGCAGUUUCAAAACUGGUGUAACAGAAACAUGUUUGGACUCAAUUUCACUAUUAUUAUAAUAACUGCUGUUGUGAAGUAUGGUCUUAUUGUAAUGAAAGAAAGAAAUGAGAUUUACAGUUGUGCCAUUAAUUAGUAAAGAAACAAAUCUGUAUCUGUUUAGAACUUAAAUAAUGUGUAGUAGCAGUAUAAGAUGUUUGUUACAACAUUUGUUUGAAAAAUUAUUUCAUGUGAACAAAAUAGUGAAUAAUAUAGUUUUCAUUCGAAGUAGAUGAAUAGGGGUAUUUAUGUAUUUAGUCAAACAUUUGUAUUCAUGCCAUCUGUUUUAUACCGGAAAGUUGAAACUUUUGUUUUUUUCUUUGUGAUUUUUUUUCACAAUAAGUUUGGUACAGAAGUGUUUAAGCUGCUUUAUUCAUUCACGGCAACUUUAUUUCUGUUCUGACAGUUCAAUGCUUGUUAUAUGUACCUGUCUGAAAUCGAAGAAACAAGUCCUUGACAAUCACAAUACGGUUGCUUUGCAUCUAUUUUAGACUGUUUGGGUGAAAUUUCUGACAGUUUGUUAAUACCGUUGUGACAUUCAGAAUUGAAAAUAAAAUUCAGUCCAAUUCAAAGCUAAUCGCCCUGAAAUCCAUCUGCAAGUUUCUCUGUGAUACACAGACAAGUACUAGAAAAGUCACAAUUCAUUCCCCCUUAUCAGCCACUUUGAAAUAAAGUUAAAGCCAGAACCAAGUAUCUGUAGUAAAAUUUUCUGUAGCCAGAUACCUGGCUUUGGGCUCUAACACAUUUAAACAUGUUUGUGGUAUAAGAUGAUUUUGUUACAUUGUACCCAUGCCAUCUUAUGCUCUUGUUAAUGUGAAAGUACAACAGUUUUUGGUAACUAUGCCUAGUUAAGAAUAAAAGUGGAAAAUUUAAA